CAUUCCCUCAACACUGAAGAGGUCACACACUGACGCAGAUAGAAAAAACAUAACAUGACGGGGAUAAUACGUAACCGAACUACCUACACUCAGAGAACCUCCUCUCAUCUUUGAGCUACGUUUACAGAGCGGGAGCCGAUCGUUCAGACUUGUAGGAGAAUUGCGAGUUUCGUGCGCUCUCCUCUCCACUCCGCCCCUUCGCCUGGCAAUGUACGGUUUAGCUUUGUAACUUCUUUACUGGCCCGUCUGUCAUUUAUGAACUUUGCCAGCUGUAGUGUCACAAUUCCUACGCUCCCACUGCACAGAAGAAAAUGAAGACCACGCGGAAAUGCCGCGCGUUGCUCUCCGUUGGACUCAACCUCGUUGCACUCUUCUUCUCCACCACCGCGUUUAUUACCACGUACUGGUGCGAGGGUACUCAGCGCGUCCCCAAACCAAACUGCAGCAAGCAGCGGCGGCAUAACUGCAUUGACUACGGCGUGAACGAGACGGACCAGAGCAAGGUCCACUACAGCUGGGAGACUGGAGACGAUCGCUUUCUGUUCCGCCGCUUUCACACUGGGAUUUGGUACUCCUGCGAGGAGAACAUUCACGGCUCAGGUGAGAAGUGUCGGAGCUUCAUCGAUCUGGCUCCAGCCUCAGAGAGAGGUGUGUUAUGGUUGUCAGUAGUGUCAGAGAUCCUCUACAUCAUGCUUCUGCUGGUUGGAUUCAGUCUCAUGUGCCUUGAGCUCUUCCACUCCAGCAACCUGAUCGACGGACUCAAACUAAAUGCCUUUGCUGCUGUCUUCACCGUGCUCUCAGGUCUACUCGGCAUGGUGGCCCACAUGAUGUUCACUCAGGUCUUCCAGAUCACAGUGAGUCUCGGCCCUGAAGACUGGCGGCCCCACUCCUGGGACUACGGAUGGUCCUUCUGUCUGGCUUGGGGGUCCUUCACGUGCUGCAUGGCGGCCUCCGUCACCACCCUCAACUCUUACACCAAGACUGUCAUCGAGUUCAGGCACAAACGCAAGCUGUUUGAGCAGGGCCUCCGGGAGGAGCAGAACUUCCUGGACCAGGAGGCCUUCCACUACUUUAGGGACCAGUCCCUUCGGUCCAUAUCCAGCUCUGUUGAGGUGUACCCUGGGAAGGGUUCUGGAGGAGUGGCCGGGUUGCCUGGAGGAUCUGAAGGGCCUGGGGGUGUUGGCCUGGUUGCGUCCGGGCUGGUUGGAGGGCCCGGGAGAGGGAAAAUGAGAGGCCCCUCGGGCUCCAUCGACCUGAGGGAGAACUCCGGGUCCCUGGGGGAGGAACAAUGUUAAGAGGGGGUCCAAAUUCUCUCUCCUAAAAGUCUUUUUUUUUUGACAGAAAUCCUGCUUGUUGGUUUAAAAAAAAAUCGGAUCCUCCAAUCAGGAUUUCUAGAAACUCUGGGAAUUUUUGGGAGGUGGGAAUCGUAGUGCUGAGAGUGAAGGUGUUGAUGAUCUCCGUACAGUUUAGCAUUUUCUCCGUUCACUUUACAGAGGGAGGGUCUGUAGCGGUGAAGAAUAGGCUGUCCUGUGAGAAUUUAAGUCUUUAAAGAGACAGGUGGAGAAAUUCAGAGGAGGGUGGUGUAUCUCCAAUGACAGUUUGCUGAUUUCUGCCAUGUGGGACACAUGUGGGAACAACCAACACUAAAAAAGCAUUUUAGGACCUGUGAAGACACAUGACAACAGACAAAUAAAAGGCUGGGCAGAGAUGCUGAACACGUAAUGAGAACAUUACAAUUACCAGCAACGCCAAUAAAUAUUCCAGGUUAUUUAGGAAUAUCAACAUAUAUUGGAUAUUGUGACCUGUGUACUGUGAUAGGGAACGGUUGUUUUUAGAGCGACGCUUUAGGAGAUGAAUGUAUAUUUAUGAAAGUAUAUAUAACAAAUACUAAAUAUAUGAAAUACAUAUUUCUGUAUAAGAGUUGUAAUAAUGAAUGAUGUUGGGUGCAGGGAUAUUAUACAUCAGUAUUUUCAGUAAAUUAUCAUGGAUAUUGUUGAAACACACCCUUACAACUUUCAUGUUGAAUGUGCAAGAAAAAGAAAUGAUAUUUCAAGAUAUAAGAUGUCAUAUUUAUAAUAAUUAUGUAAGGUUCAUGUUCAGAAGUGUUUGCUUUAAUCCGAUGUUUGAAUGUUUAAUAGGAUCAUUAACACUGCCUCAUGACGAUGAACAGUUGCUAGACAAUACAAUAUAACACAGUACAUUUGCCAGACAAUACAAUAUGCUGUACAAUGUUUGACAAUAAAAUGUACAAUAAAACUGCUUUUGCACAGUAUCAACAUGCAGGCUUAUCAAACAAUAUAUUUAUAUGUUUAGAAAUUCAUAGAGAAUUUGUUCAGUAUGUUCUCUCUCUCACUUGAAUGUCUUUGUAUACAGUAGCAGGUGAUGAAAAACUAAAACCGUACACUUUAUUUUACCUGUUGCUAUGUAUCCAGUGUUUAUGUACAGUAUAACACGUUAAUAUUCAUAUUUUUUUAUGAAUAUAUACCUUAAAAUGACCUGUUGAAAACAGUAGUAAACCAGCAAUAGUAAACCUUUUGUUGUUUUUAGUGUUACUUCAACUACUUAUGAAGCACUUCUGAGAGAAUCGGGUCAGAAGGUUCAAGGCUAUAACACACAUGUUGAAAGUCUGUGUGUCUGAGGAAGGGUUUGAGAAUCACUGCUGUACAGUGCAGUAUUUUCUGCCUUUUUAAGACUCUGAUCACAUUGCAACAUCGAGUCCAUUCAUGUUGUGCUAUUUCAGUGUUUGUGUUGUAAGAGCUUGAUUUGUAUAGAUACUGGCUCACUGUGAAAGAGACAGGUGUAGCAUCGCUCUCACCUCAAUUUAUGCACAGCUUUUCCUUGAUCAACGUCACCUCUUUGAUUCUACCUUUAAAGGCUUAUUCAUUUCUGGACCAGGGCUCUGUGUCAUUUCUGGAUUUGAUUUUAAAAUAUGAUCUUUUAUUUAAAGCUUCUUUAAACAAAGUUUCUCCCUUUCUUAUUUUUUUACUCAGAAAUAUCUAUAAUCAGACUCUGACAGUCAAAUUGAUAAUAUUUUCUUUUCAUGAUAAUUCCACACUUUGAGGUUGAAAUAACACCAGAAUUGUGACAAUUAUCUCAUCAAGCCCUUUUUGGGUAAGAUAUAUAAACAGCAGUUUGAAUGUUCUGGUGGAAUGAUACACAUUCACAUACUCUGUGAUGUCACAAAUGUGGUAAAAUCACAAUAGACCAUUGUGGGGGGGGGGGUACCCGAUCAGACUGAGCAUUUAAAGGAGUCUAAGCAAAACAAAUUUUGGCACAAAUAAACACAAAUGUUAUUAGACAAACAAGGGUGAUUGAAAAGUACAAAUAAUGUAGUCUUAUGGUGUGAAUGAGAGCCUUGGUAUACCCCAGCCUGGCUCUGCACAGAGGAGGGCUUGAAUUGGUUGGAAAAUAUAUGGCAGUGGGUGAUCAUAAAGCUGUCACUUAGUUAGAGCUGCUACUUUGCCCAUGUCUCAAAUAGCACCCUACUCCCAACAUAGUGCACUCAUUUCGACCAGAUCCUAUGGAGAAUAGGCUCCCUCCAAAGUAGUGUGCUGUGUGGAGAACAGGGUGUCAUUUGGACAUGGACUACAGUGUGAGAGCAGCUAUAUUAUUUAAGCAGCUCCCCUGCUUCCCUGUAUUGAACCAAUGGCAAUAAACUGAUAUGGAUAGCGAUAUGCAGUAGUGGCAAAAGCAUAUUUUUUAUAGUUUGCUUGUGCGUGUCUGUGAAUGUGUGUCUGUGCAUGUGCUAUAUAUGUGUUGAUGCCUAAAAUGCUUUGUAAGGUUUGAAUCCUAUUUGAAUGUAAGUCUAAUUUGUGGAUUUUAAUAAAGCAUUUGCCAUUUGUUUCCGGAUGUAAUGUGCACUGCCGCCCAAAGGAAAUUACAUAAUGCAUCUGAAUGGAGAGUGAUGUA